UAAAAGUAAUUGGCUGUUUGGGGAUUAAGGGAGGUGACUCAAAAUCCUUGUCCUUCAUAAAUCAAGGAGCCUCUCAAAUAUCUUCACACCCUUGCAAGAAAGAUUUGUGAUGCCACACUAAUGUUCCUAGGACAUGUUGAAUGAAGGAUCCCAACUUUGCCCUCUGCUUUUCACCAGUUUUGCUAAGACUUUCAUUCACUGGAGGAAAUUAAGCUGUACUCAUGCUGUUACACUCUUGUUUUUCCUUUCAGCUGCAGUUGAAUUCACCAUGGCAUCAGAGAAGACCACAAAAAAAGAUCAGCUAAAAGCUGAGGAACAGCAGCAAGCGGUAGGUGCCAGGACAGCUAGCACUCUAACAUGCAACAGUUCAACUACCUGCUGCCAGAGCGCUGUUAAUCGGGUAACCAGCCUGCCCUUGCUCAACUCUGCAUUCAACCUGGUCUCAUCUGCCUACAACUAUACCAAGGAGAUGCACCCUUGCCUCAGUGGUGUCUGCAAUGUGGCUGAGACUGUAGCUGCUGUCGCAGUGGGCAGUGUGGUUGGUGGGGCACAACCCAUCCUGAACCAACUUGAGCCACAAAUUGCCCUUGUAAAUGAAUAUGCCUGUAAAGGACUGGAUCAACUGGAGGAGACCUUACCUUAUUUGCUGGCUGUUGAAGAAAAGGCAAAGUAAAGGCUUUUCCUGGGGAACCCAGGACUUGAUCUCUUGCUUGAUGGAACUGUUAUGGGUACAGAAGACUAUGGAGAAAUGAACUUCAGCAGCACUGCCUUGUCAGGUCAGUCUCUGGUAUGGGCUAGAGGAGGCACGGCUAGCUGAUGUAAGCUGGAGAGAUGCCUUCAGCAGGUGGAAGUGAACCAUGUAAAUAUAGGUGUACUGACUUCCCCAGCUCUUCCACAAGACUGCAAGCACAAUUUAGCCAUAUGAGAAAGCUUCUUCAGGGAGGGAAAACCUAUUUCAGAAAAAAAAACGUAUCUUUCUCUACCUCUCCCUGUUGUAGGUCAUCUCAGACACCAAGCAGCUGGCUUCCACCAAAGUGACAUCUGCUAUGGAUGCUGCCUGUGAGGCAAAAGAAGCAAUGGCUGAUAAAGUGACUGAAGCUGUGGACCUCACUAAAAAUGUUGUUGGGGACAGUGUCAAGCUGACUAGGUCAAUGGUCACUUCUGCUGUCAACAGUGCUGUGGAGGCUUCUCACGGUGCCAAGGACCUUGUGACUAACAAGGUGACAGAGGCAGUGGACCUCAGUAAAUACAUGGUGGAGGACAGCAUUGGACUGACCAAGUCUGCAGUUGCUUCUACUAUUACUGCUGCUGUAGGGGCUGCCCAGGGUGCAAAGGAUCUUGUGACCAACACAGUGACUGAAGCGAUGGACCUAACCAAAGUGGCUGUUCAGGAUGGUGUUGAGGAGACCAAAUCGAUGGUCACUUCUACAGUCAAUAUGGCUCUGGACGCUGCAUAUGGCACCAUAGCUAGCAAAAUAAAUGCAGCCUUGGAGCAGAGCAGAGAGGCUAUCCAGGAGGGUGUGGAGAUGACUAAUUCAGUGGUGACCAACAGCAUAAGCAAAGCCAAGGCAGUGAGCCAAGCUGUGGAAGGUGGUGUGGAAUCUGUCCUGGGUAUAUCAGAAGAUCUGGUGGACCACUACCUCCUGAUAACAGAGGAGGAACUAGAUGAGAAAAAGCUUAGCUGGCAGUUGUAAAUGCAAAUCCUUUCCCACAUGACUAGAGAGCACCUGACACUGCAAGAGUCAUCUUUGGAAGUAGACAGGUAGCUCUGAAUUUGGCAGCCAGCCAACCUGGUGACAACACUGACUUGCCAUGUGGUAUGGGACAGAAUCCAAGAAUAUACUAGCUGGUCCUUGCCCAUCAGCCUCAAGGCAAAUAAACACAUGGGUGCAUGCUUCAACCUAACUGUCAAGUCUGCUUGUCUGAAGAGAACACACUGAGCAGGGACUAGCCUAAGUUUGAUAUCUGAGCAACUACAAACCUCUGCUGUUUACACACCAAGCUUCAGCUUUUGUGUUUUUCAAUGAGUAAUCACACCUCUUCCCCCCACUUACAGCUGGGGGAGUGGAGCACAGCUGCAUCUCUUCUUGUUUCCUCCAGGUAAACUGGCUACUGCUGUGGAGGGAUUUGGAAUGGCUUCUGUGGAGGAGCAGAAACAGCAAACAGUUACUUUGUGCAUCUGGGUUCCCUCUCUAACAAAGUCCACCACCGAGCCUACCAGCACUCCCUGAACAAACUGCAGCACAUUAAGCAAAGCACCCAGGAUACUCUCGCAUGACUACAGCAGGCAAUAAAACUGGUACAAACAUGCUUUUUCCCUCUUCCUCCUGUCUGUGGUCUUCCUGCCCUACUAUCCAGAUGGAAGCUCUUCCUCCAUCCUGCACCAGCUGCCUGUCAUCUUCAAUCCCUCCCUGGGAAGGAAGCACUCAUGCCUCUCUGAUUGUAUGUGCUUGCAAUACAGCUGUUCCUUUCAUUUUCCUAUCAGAUAGAAUCUAUGAAACAAGAGGUUGGCCAGAAGCCUCUGGAUGGGCAGGAGAAGCUCCAUCAGCUGUGGGUGGACUGGUGCCUGACCCAACCCAAAGGAAACCAAGUUAAAACUGCCUCCCAAGCAGAGGUAUCCCUAGAAGGGCUCUGGUGGAUGGUGUUCAGCUCACCUGCUCCAGUAACUGAGCUAUAUCUCUUUCCCAGCAGGUAGAGUCACGGACUCUAGCUAUGCUGCAUAUCAUCACCCAGCAGCUACAACCUGUUUAUGAGAAUCUGAAAGCCAGCAUCCAAGGCCUCCCCAGCAACAUCCAAGAAGCUGUGUAUCAGGCUGCUCGAAAUAUCCACAAGCUCUAUAGUUCUUUUUCCAGUGCUAUGUCUUUCCAGGACCUCUCCAGCACCACCCUGACCCAAAGCCAGGACCACGUGACAGAAGCCCGAAGGUCCUUAGAUGACCUGUUUGAGUAUGUAACUCAGAACAUCCCUCUAAACUGGCUUGUGGGUCCCUUCAGGGCAAUAGCUGAAGUGUCACAGCAUAACAGAAAGCAGAAGAAAAAUAUGGUGACUAAUAAUAAAUCACCUGUAUUGAAAAAGGCUCGGUCAUCAAAGGAGGUGGCCAAGACACCCAAAGAACCAAAAGGAGCACAGAAGAUCCCAGGGCAAAGGUGUGAAGUGCUAGAGAAGCUGGGAGAGAAGGCAGAGAAAGACACAGAGGUGGCACUGGCUGCAAAGGAGAUAAAAACUAAUGUACCAGGGGAGGAUCUCUGGAAAAAAUCUAGCUCUUCUGGCUAAGGCUCCCUAGCUAGAACAGCACUUUAUCUUUUAAUCUUGUGUGCAACUUCCAAUGGUGCCAAGAGUGCCUCCUACUCUCUCCCUGUCCCAGGCUGAGUUUACAGUAAGAUGUAGUUUGCAAGGAGGCUUGACAACCAAGGUGGGGUGAUUCCAUAUCUUGAGUUACUAUUUUUUAAAUCAUGCUGCUGCACUAAAAGGGAGAUGGGGACCUGUACUUCAGCUUUUUAAGUCAGCCCUGCUGUAUGUAUGAAUGACUCACUCUUGCUUACACAAGUUGUGAAAGAGAAGUGGUCUCAAAUUAUUUUUAAUGUUGGAUUUGUUUUUAAUUCAUUCAAACUGCAGAGACCUUGAGGGGAUGAUGGGCUUGACCUUUGAUACUGUUUCCCUUCUCCUACGAGUUUAAAAAUGUGUUGCAGAAAGGAAGUUGUCUGCCUGUUGUGCUUCUGGUCAGGCUCAGCCCUGCAGCAGUCCAGGAACAGCUGCGGGCAAGAGGCUGCUUCUCAAAAAGACACUUCUCUUUAUGGAUCAGCCAACACUUUUUCUUUCACAAACACUUAGCAAGGUGGGAUUUCUUUUAAGCAUGCCAGUUUGCAGUGGGAUUAUCUUUCCUAGUCAUCUACGUGACUUCAGGGAUCAUCUGUUUGUGUGCAAGUAACUCCAUGCAUGAAACCUUUUUGCAGCCAUUAAGCAGCUGGCAAAUGAGGCAGGAGUUACUCUGCCAUGGUAAUAGGAGAUCCUAUUAUUAAAAUAGGGGAGACAGGUGUUGGUUAUUUUCCCAGCAAACAAUGCUUUGUAACCAUUCCUAAUGUAACUUAUUUUGGUAAUUUAUGUCCUGGCAUGGUCCUUGCGCUAAGGCUGGAAUAAUGGCAAGCAGACUUCAGAAUAAAGCGUGACCUGUGUUCAAAGAACUGUGUCUCGUGUGUGCAUCUAAAGCUGCAGUGUUAUGUUGUCCCUUUAGCCUGAGCUGGUGAGAAGCUUGUAUUUCACAAAUCACUUC